CAAAUCUUGUGCGCGUUUGGCGUCGACCUGGAUGCCGUUGGCGGUUGGCUGGGAUCCUAUGGCGGGGAGGACUCCCCCGACGACAUCUCCCGCGGAUUGUUCGCUGGCGAAGUCGGCACGCCCAGGCUGCUAAAACUUUUCGACCGACUUGAUAUCAAGACCAGUUGGUUUAUCCCGGGCCACUCCAUCGAGACCUUUCCGGAAGAGUGCCGCAUGAUCGUGGAGCAAGGGCAUGAAGUGGGCCUCCACGGUUACUCCCACGAGAACCCCAUCUCCAUGUCCUCAGAACAAGAAGAGGCCGUCCUGCUGCGUUGCAUCGAUCUGAUCACCGAGCUUUCGGGCCAGCGGCCCCGGGGUUACGUUGCUCCAUGGUGGGAGUUCAGUCACGUAACCAACGAGCUGCUCCUGAAGCACGGCAUCAAGUACGAUCACAGCCUGAUGCACCGCGACUUCGAAUGCUACUACGUCCGAGUCGGCGACCGCUGGACCAAGAUUGACUAUGCCAUGCCUGCCGACCAUUGGAUGCAGGCUUUGGAACGGGGCGAGGAGACCGACCUGGUGGAGAUCCCGGCUAACUGGUACCUGGACGACCUGCCUCCGAUGAUGUUCAUCAAAAAGUCGCCCAACAGCCACGGCUUCACCAACCCCAGGGACAUCGAGUCGCUAUGGCGAGACCAGUUCGAUUGGGUUUACCGAGAAUACGACGAAGCAGUCUUCCCGAUAACGAUCCACCCCGACGUUAGCGGUCGCCCUCAGGUGUUGCUGAUGCUGGAACGACUCACUGAGUACAUCCGUUCCCACGACGGGGUCCGGUUUGUAACCUUCGAAGAGAUAGCCGACGACUUCCUGGCCAAACAUCCUCGGCAGCAACCAUAG